AUGAUACGUUGUUCAAUAUACUUAAAUACUCGUAAUAACUAUAGCAUAGAUAUUGAUAACUGUACUGUAACAGGCCAAGUACUAGAUUGUCCAAAAAUAACACCUACUAGUGCAACUAGAGACUAUCCUGAAGUAAACAAUAAUCCAGUUGAACAGACUUCAUUAACAGCUAUAGCGCCCAGGGAGAAUAUAUUUCCUAAUGAUCCUGUCAAUUGGCCAGAAGUUGUGUCUUAUCAGCUUUUAUCUUAUUUUGUUGAGUUAGGACCUUGCCAGCCUUCUCCACUUGACUUGAAGCUUAAUGCAUUUCCAAAAAGAAAAGAUAGUAAUGGUAAUCUGAGAUGUUUUCAUGAAAACUAUUAUUUUAAACACUUGGAAGAUGGUACAUUUUGUAAACGAACUUGGUUAUCAUACUCUCCUUCAUUAGAUAGAUUUUUUUGCAUGACAUGUAAACUUUUUGGGCUAGUUAAAGCAAAAACCUCGUUUUUAGCUACCACAGGAUCAUGUGAUUUUAGAAAUAUUUCAAAAACUAUUAAUCUCCAUGAAUCUUUACCUGAACACAUACAGAGUGAAAUAAGUCGAGGCUUAUAUACGUCUAAUAUACGAAUCAAUGUUACAUUAUUGGAAUCAGCUAACCGUCAGGUAGCUGAAAAUCGGAAGAUUAUGGAAAUUAUAAUUGAUGCUUUGGUUUAUACUGCUAGACAAAAUAUUGCAAUAAGAGGUCACAGUGAAUGUAUGGAUUCAAAUAACAAAGGAAACUUUUUAGAACUCCUUGGUUUAUUGGGAAAAUAUCAUGCACCUUUAAAUGCACAUUUGCAGAAAAUUAAUACUAAAAAGUGUAACCGGUUAACAUUUUUAUCUGCUGAAAGUCAGAAUAAAAUGUUAAGUAUAUUGGCAGAAGUAGUACGUUCAAAGAUUUUGCGGGAUAUAAAAAAAUCUAAUUUAUUUUCUGACAUCAUAGAUACUACAACUGAUGUAUCAAAUAAAGAGCAAUUUACAUUUUAUAUGAGAUAUGUUAAUGAACAAGGGAAUAUUGAAAAAAGAUUGGUUGCAUAAGUGACUGCACCAGAUUCGACAGGUCGAUUAUUUGAAGCAUUUUGCAAUAUCACUGAUAAGAAUGGAAUUGACUGGAAAAAAAGAUUAUGUGCUCAGGCUUAUGAUGGUGCGGCAUCAAUGCAGGGUAAAUAUUCAGGGUUGAAAACUUUCAUACAGAAUGAAAAUCCCAAUGCAUUGUAUGUUUGGUGUUCUGCACAUUUGCUAAAUUUGGUAAUAGUUGACACUUGCUAUUGUUGCAUAGUAACCAAAGUUUUUUUUGGAGAUAUUAGAGCAUUGGUUGAAUUUAUGCGAGCAAGGAAGAGGACUGCUAGUUUUAUUGAGUGGCAACAACAAUUGUAUCAAAAUCAAUGUAUAAGACGCUUAAAACGUUUUUCAAAUACUAGAUGGACUUCUCACGACAGAGUGAUUGUGGUAGUUUAUGAAAAAUAUGCAGCCCUACUAAAAGCACUAAAUUCUAUCGCUUCUGCAAAUGAUUCUGACGGGGAUACUUCUUCAACUGCCAAGAGUUUAAUUUUGAGAAUUUCUUCUUUUAACUUUGUAUCUACUAUGGUUUUUAUAAGACAAAUAUUUUCAAUAACUACUCCAGUCUCAAAUUAUCUCCAGUCAAAAUCAAUUGAUUUUAUACAAGCUAUAAAAUUGGUUGAUAUUGCAAAAAAAAGAUUAGAAGACCUUAGACUUGACAAUAAUGCACUUGAAAAAAUAUUAAAUGAAGCCAAACAAUUUUCAUUUGAUCAUAAAUUAUUAGAACAAGACUUCAAAGAAAAAAGAAUCAGAAAAAAAAAAGUUAUGCCUGGGGAGUUAUCAGGUGAUAUCAUUUCUCCAUCAAGUUUAGACAAUUUUAGACGGGAUGUAUAUUAUAAAGUAUUAGAUAUAAUUAUAAAUUCACUUGAGUCUAGAUUUAAGGACUCUCGUGAGGUCAUGAUAGAUUUAAGUCUUCUGUCUCCAGAACGUUUAAUGUCAUACAGACAAUGUGACGGUAAAAGUUUACCUGAUGAUGCAUUUCAAAGUGUAUCAAAAUGGAUUAAAAGUAUUGAUUUAAAUAAACUAGAAGUAGAAUAUUUAACUUUUAGUAGUAGCUUAAAUGAACUAAUUGAUGGAUUAGGACCGAAGCAAUUGCACAAUAUUACAAGCACUUUAAAUAACCAUGGAGAAGAAAAUGAUUCUGAAAAUACUUAUUCUGAAAAAAGUGAGAGCGAAGAUGAAGAAAGUAGGAAUGAAAAUCAUUUCCAAAUUUAUGCAUAUAAAUCACUUGGAACUAUUCCUGCGUCAUCAGCAUCAGCUGAACGUAGUUUUUCAAAGGUGAAACUUAUAAAAACACGUCUUAGAUCUACAGUUGGCCAGAAUAGACUUGAAAGUUUAGUACUUUUAAGUACUGAAAAAGAUAUAGCUAUCGAUUACAAUGAGGCCAUUAAUAAGUUUGCAUUGACAUCCGAUCUGUUGACAAAAGAAUUAAUGUUCAAAUAA